AUGAAGGAAGCGCGCGACGCGGAUGAUGCUGGAAGGGAUGGCCACCCAGUCGUGGUGGGUGCAGAGGCAUGGGCGCAGGUUUCCUGGAUCCCUUCUCCGGGCUCCCUUGCGUAUGGCUGCUGUUGCGUCGCCCUCCUCGGACUGGCCGCCGUGCUCAAGGCAACCUUGAACACGCAGUACAGCUUCAGGCAGGGGGCACUGGCUUGCCGCCUGCGCUCGGCCCUCACAUGCCUGGUCUACGACAAGACCCUGCUGGUGAGCAGCGUUGACAUGGCGGCGCACUCCAGCGGCGCGGUGCAGACGCUCAUGUCCGUGGACGCUGACCGAGUGGUCAACCUGUUCUCCAGCCUGCACGAGCUGUGGAGCCUGCCGCUGCAGAUUGCUGUGGCCUUGUGCCUGCUCUACACCCAGGUACGGGUGGCGUUUCUGGCGGGGCUGGCGGUGGUGCUGGCGCUGAUUCCGAUCAACCGCUGGCUGGCGCGGCGCAUCGAGGCGGCCAGCGCGGAGAUGAUGGGCUGCAAGGACGCGCGCAUUCGGCGCACGGGGGAGCUGCUUCGCGGCAUCCGCCAGAUCAAGGCCGCCGCAUGGGAGCCCGCCUUCCUCGCGCGGGUGGAGGAGGCUCGGCAGGGGGAGCUGGCAGCGCUGGCGGUGCGCAAGUACCUGGACGCGCUGUGCGUCUACUUCUGGGCGGCCACAUCGCUGCUGACCUCCAUCCUGACCUUCAGCCUGUUUGUGCUGCUGGGCCACGCGCUGACGGCCGAGGUGGUCUUCACAUCGCUUGCGCUGUUCGGGGUUUUGAUCGCGCCCCUCAACUCCUUCCCCUGGGUCAUCAACGGCUGCGUGGAGGCCGUCGUCUCUGUUCGGCGCCUCGAGAGUGACUUGGCGCUGACAGAGCUGUGCCUGGCGCUGCCAUUCGGCAGCCUCACUGCACUUGUGGGGGAUGUGGGAUCCGGCAAGAGCUCUCUGCUGGCGGCGGUGCUAGGGGAGUUGCAAGGGGUGGCGGGCAGGGUACGGGUGUGCGGAUCGCUCGCAUAUGUCCCCCAGCAACCCUGGAUCAUGUCCGGGACCCUGCGCGACAACAUCCUCUUCAAGCGCCCGUUUGAGGAGUCCAGAUAUGGCGUCGUGCUGGAGGCGUGCUGUCUGGAUGCGGACAUGCGCGCUCUGCCAGCGGGAGAUCUGACUCACGUGGGCGACCGGGGAACCACACUGUCUGGCGGCCAGUGUGCACGCCUUGCACUGGCCAGAGCCCUGUACCAGGACAGCGACGUGUACCUGCUGGAUGAUGUGCUGGCGGCAGUGGAUGCGCCGGUGGCGGCUGAGCUGUGGGAGCGUGCCAUCUGCGGGCCGCUGCUGCGCGGCAAGACGCGGCUCAUCGUCACGCACUCGCGCCGAUUCGCGGCCGCAGCCGACAGCCUGCUCCGCCUGGAGGGCGGCCGGGUGGCAUACCUGGAGGGGUCAGGCGAGGUGGAGGAAGUCAGGCAGACAGGGCAUGUGAAGCCGCGGGUGUACACAGCCUAUGCCAUGGCUGCGGGGCCCUUCCUGGUCUCAGUCAUCCUCAUCAGUCUCACCCUCAUGCAGGUCACCCAGAACGGGAGCGACCUGUGGCUGUCCUACUGGGUGCGGGCGUUCUCCUUCGCGAACGGCGGCCUGGUAGCUGCGCAGCGGCUGCAUGAGCGGCUGCUGACGGCAGUGGCAGCCGCGCCGGCUGCCUUUUUCAGCGCGACCCCGGCCGGCCGCACACUCAACCGCUUCUCCUCCGACACGGCCACCGCCGACGACUCGCUGCCCUUCAUCCUGAACAUCCUGCUGGCUGUGCUGUUCUCCAUGCUGGGCGUCGUGGCUGUGCUCACCUACAGCCAACCCCUGCUGGCCGCCGCCUUCAUCCCCCUCGCCCUCAUCUACCGCUGGCUACAGGGGUACUACCGGCACACGUCGAGGGAGAUACGGCGCCUGGGCAGCGUGGCGCGCAGUCCCGUGUACGCUGGCUUCUCCGAGGCGCUCGAUGGGGCCGCCACGAUCCGCGGCUUCCGCGCUCAGGCCGCCUUUGCCGCCCAGAACGUUGACCGCCUGGGCACCCUGCAGCGCGCCAACUUUGCAGGGCUGGCGGUGGCGCAAUGGCUGUCGCUGCGGCUGCAGGUGCUGGCCGCGUCGGUCAUCACGCUUGUGGCGGGCCUCGGCGUGGCCGGCGCUGCAGGCCUGCUGCCCUCCUUUGCCAGCCAGGCAGGAGGGAGGGCGGGAGCGGGUCUGGUGGGCCUGAGCCUGAGCUACGCGCUGGCCAUCACGGGGCUCCUGAACGGCCUGCUGACGUCCUUUGCCGAGACAGAGCAGGAGAUGGUGGCUGUGGAGCGCAUCCUCGAAUUCUCAGACCUGGAGCCCCAGGAAGCCAGGGCGCUGCCAAGCAGCUGGCCGGAGCAGGGACGGGUGUCAUUUGUGGAUGUGAGGCUGAGGUACCAUGCGGAUGCUCCGCUGGCACUCGCUGGGCUGUCUCUGGACAUCCGGCCUGGGCAGAAGCUGGGAAUCUGCGGCAGAACAGGGGCUGGGAAGAGCAGCAUGGUGGCGGCCCUGCUGCGGCUGACUGAGAUAGAGGGGGGCACGAUCCUGGUGGAUGGACAGGACAUUGGGGCCGUUCCAUUGAGGCACCUGCGCUCCGGCAUUGCAUGCGUGCCGCAGACGCCCUUCCUCUUCCAGGGCACGAUCCGGGAGAACCUGGACCCGAUGGGGCAGCAGCAGCUGCUGUGCCUGGCGCGCGUGCUGCUGCGUCGGCCGCGCAUUGUGUGCCUGGACGAGUGCACCGCAAACGUGGACGCAGCCACCGCCCGUCUCAUGCAGGAGCUCAUUGCCUCCCAGCUCAGCCAUGCCACCAUCCUCCAGGUUGCUCAUCGUUUGGAGUCUGUCAUGGGUUGCGACAUUGUUGUAGUGUUGGAGGGCGGCAGAGUUGUUGAGACGGGUGCACCCAUGCAGCUGCUGGCAGCCAAGGGGUCGCACUUUGCUGCAAUGCACAAAGCAGCCCAGCAGGGGUCUUCAAUGUCACCCUUGCCUCGCAUGUAA